CGAGGUUCUUCCUUUCUCAGCCAGCACCGCAUCGGCGAGUGAGUGCGUGGCUUUGAUGGACUGGUGAAAUCUGUGAAAAUUCAUUCUAGUCAGCCAAGUUUGAGUUUCACUAGAACGCCACCAUGCCGGCGUAUUUUCAGCGUCCAGAAAAUGCUCUUAAACGAGCGAACGAGUUUCUUGAGGUUGGUAAGAAACAGCCUGCUUUGGAUGUUUUAUACGAUGUCAUCAAAAGCAAGAAACAUCGAACAUGGCAGAAGAUUCACGAGCCCAUCAUGCUCAAGUACCUGGAGCUCUGCGUGGAUCUGCGCAAGAGCCACCUGGCCAAGGAGGGUCUCUACCAGUAUAAGAACAUUUGCCAGCAGGUGAACAUCAAAUCUCUGGAGGAUGUGGUCCGAGCUUACCUGAAGCUGGCAGAGGAGAAGACGGAGACUGCAAAGGGGGAGUCCCAGCAGAUGGUCCUGGACAUUGAAGAUCUUGACAACAUCCAGACUCCAGAAAGUGUGCUCUUGAGUGCUGUGAGUGGAGAGGACACCCAGGAUCGUACUGAUCGCUUGCUGCUCACUCCCUGGGUGAAGUUCCUGUGGGAGUCUUACCGCCAGUGCCUGGACCUGCUCAGAAACAACUCCAAGGUGGAGCGUCUGUACCAUGAUAUCGCCCAGCAAGCAUUUAAGUUCUGCCUUCAGUACACCCGCAAAGCUGAGUUUCGCAAGCUGUGUGACAACCUGCGUAUGCAUCUGGGACAAAUUCAGCGUCACCACAAUCAGAGCACUGCCAUCAACCUCAACAAUCCUGAAAGCCAGUCCAUGCACCUGGAGACACGCCUGGUGCAGCUGGACAGUGCUAUAAGCAUGGAGCUGUGGCAGGAAGCAUUUAAGGCUGUUGAAGACAUCCAUGGCCUGUUUGCUCUUUCCAAGAAGCCUCCCAAGCCCCAGCUGAUGGCCAACUACUACAACAAGGUGUCCACUGUGUUCUGGAAAUCUGGAAAUGCUCUUUUCCAUGCAAGCACCCUUCAUCGGCUCUAUAACCUGUCCAGGGAGAUGCGUAAGAAUCUGACCCAAGACGAGAUGCAGAGGAUGGCCACCAGAGUCCUUCUAGCCACACUGUCCAUUCCCAUCACCCCCGAACGUACUGACAUAGCUCGGCUGCUGGACAUGGAUGGCAUCAUUGUGGAGAAACACCGCAGACUGGCCACACUUUUGACCCUCCAGUCUCCACCAAAUCGCCAGAGUCUUAUCAAUGACAUGGUGAGGUUUAACUUGAUGCAGUAUAUUGUACCUGACGUGAAAGAACUUUACAACUGGCUGGAAGUAGAGUUUCAUCCUCUGAAACUAUGUGGAAGAGUGACCAAGGUGUUGAACUGGGUGAGAGACCAGGCUGAAAAGGAGCCUGAUCUGCAGCAGUAUGUUCCCCACCUGCAGAGCAAUACCAUCUUAAGGCUCCUGCAACAGGUGGCGCAGGUCUAUCAAAGCAUUGAUUUCAGCCGUCUGGCGUCCCUGGUUCCAUUUGUGGAUGCCUUCCAGCUGGAGCGCUCCAUUGUGGAUGCUGCCCGCCAUUGUGAUCUGCAGGUCAGAAUAGACCACUCUUCUCGAACUCUGAGCUUUGGCUCUGACCUGAACUACUCGACCAAAGAAGAUGCUCCUGUUGGCCCUUUCCUGCAGAACAUGCCCUCAGAGCAGAUAAGAAACCAGCUGACUGCCAUGUCUUCUUCUUUGGCUAAAGCCAUCCAGGUCAUCAAGCCUCCCUCUACCCUGCAAGAGCGUGAUGAGCAUAGCCAGCAGGCCAUAGUGGCCUACCAGAAAAACGGCCGCAAAGAACACCAGCGCAUCUUGGCUCGUAGGCAGACAAUUGAGGAGCGUAAGGAGCGUCUGGAGAGCUUGAACAUCCAGCGCGAGAAGGAGGAGCUGGAGCAGCGGGAAGCUGAGAUGCAGAAAGUGCGCAAGGCGGAAGAGGAGCGUUUGCGCCAGGAAGCCAAAGAGAGGGAGAAGGAGCGUAUCAUGCAGGAGCAUGAGCAGAUUAAGAAGAAGACAGUCCGGGAGCGGCUGGAGCAGAUCAAGAAGACUGAACUCGGAGCUAAGGCCUUCAAGGAUAUUGAUAUUGAGGACCUGGAGGAGCUGGAUCCUGACUUCAUCAUGGCCAAACAGGUGGAGCAGCUGGAGAAGGAGAAGAAGGAACUUCAGGAGCGUCUAAAGAAUCAGGAGAAGAAGAUUGACUUCUUUGAGAGGGCCAAACGCCUCGAGGAAAUUCCUCUCAUCACAAAGGCUUAUGAGGAGCAGCGAAUCAAAGACAUGGAACUCUGGGAGCUCCAGGAGGAGGAAAGGAUCAGUAACAUGAAAGUGGAACGGGAGAAGGCUCUGGAGCACAAGAAGCGCAUGUCCAGGAUGAUGGAGGACAAAGAGAGCUUUUUGUCUAAGAUAACUGCUGCUCGAAGCUUUAUUUAUGAGGAAAAACUGAAAGCUUUCCAGGAGCGUUUAGUAGAGGUGAGGAAGAAGCGCUUGGAAGAGAGGAAGAGGCAGCGCAAAGAGGACAGGCGUAAUUCUUACUACCAACAGAAAGAGGAAGAGGCACAGCGUAUCCACGAGGAGCAGCUCAAGAAAGAACGUGAAGACCUUGAACGCGUAGAACAAGAGCAGAGAGAGGCAGAAGAAAGGGAGUACCAGGAGCGUUUGCGCAAGCUUGAAGAGCAGGAGCGUAAGCAGCGUGCCCGUCAGCAGGAGAUUGAGGAGAGAGAGCGCCGCCGUGACGAGGAGCGAAAAGGCCCACCAGAGGAGAAAGCUAAGGAGCCGGGCGAAAAGGAGGAGGGAGGAUGGAGGAAGCGUGUGGAGGGAGGUGACUCGUCCGUGCGUCGUUCAGUGCCUGACAGGGAGUGGAGACAGGAAGGCGCUGAUGAUGACAAAGAGGACAAGGAGUCUUCCUUCAGGCGAGGUGACGGUCCCCGUCGGGGGGGUGACGACCGAGGUCCCCGCCGUGGCUUUGAUGAGGAUCGAGGUCCCCGCCGUGGCUUUGAUGAGGAUCGGGGUCCACGCCGUGGGGGAGAUGAGGAUCGUCCUCCACGUAGAGGGAUGGAUGAUGAUCGUGGUCCUCGCAGAGGUUUUGAUGACCAAGGACCAUGGAGGGGCGGAGAAGACGACCGUGCCCCAAGGCGUGGCUUUGACGAAGAUCGUGCCCCCAGGCGUGGCUUUGACGAAGAUCGUGCCCCCAGGCGUGGCUUUGAUGAUGACAGAGGUCCUCGUAGAGGCAUGGAUGACUCCAGAGGUUCCAGGCGUGGGGCUGAUGAUGACUGGGGCCCCCGAAGAGGAGGAGAUGACGAGAGAGGUGGCAGGAGAGGCAUGGAUGAUGGGGGACGUCGUGGUGGUGGUGGUGGUGAUGAUGAUGAUGAUGAUCCCAACCCAUGGAGAUCUCUGGGAAAACCUGGAAAUGCUGGUCUUCAAGGAGGCUGGCGUGAGCGAGAGAAGGCCAGAGAGGACAGCUGGGGACCCCCUCGCGGUGGCGAUGGUGGUGGUCAAAAUGAGGACGAAAAGGAAGAUGGAGAGGAAAAAUCUGGUUUGAGAGACCGUCGUCCACCAAGAGAAGAGGGCGUCUGGAGAAGACCAGGUGGAGAUGAGGGAAGCAGCUGGAGAGAAUCUCGCAAAGAAGACCCUGACCGCGACGAUCGCCGUGAACGUGACGACCGCCGCGAACGUGAUGAUCGACGUGUUGAGCGCCGUGAUAGAGACAACCGGGAUGAGCGUGAACAGAGAGCCCCACCCACAGAUCGUGAUGAAGGAAGCUCCUGGCGUCGUGCGGGUGAAGAGAGGAGAGAGGAACGGCCUAGAGAGCGAGAGAGGGAGCGUGACCGAGAUACUGAAGGAGACAAGGCUUGGCGUUUGGAUAAAGAAAUCCCUCGUCGCACCAAGAACGAGACGGAUGAUGAUGGCUGGACAACUGUCCGCCGCUGAGCAACAGCCACUGCAUUUAAUGGGCCCAGAUAAUGAUGAAUUCAUUUUGAGUAAAAAAACCAUCAGUACCCACUUCAGUUGCUCGUGUGUGUUACUCCUUUUGAAAAAUAAUUUGUAGAUGAUAGUUUUCCUAUUUUAAAUUUGACUUCCAGCAGUUUUGAACCAGAGGCUCUUAAAUCACCUCAAACACUAUCAGUCAAUGGACUUGUCCGCACUUAACUCUCAUGAUGCAAACAACUUCUUAUAAAUGUCACUGGUCCCAGUUGUAGGAGAGAGAUUGUCUAAAAUGAUAAAACUGAAAACCAGUGUACAUGCACCAUUUUUCAAUACAAACUCAGUCGAUCACCAGAUGCCUCUUUUGAACAAUACACCUUUGCAUAAAUUCAUGGCACAAAUCUGCAAUCUGCAAAUGUAUUAGUCAUAUUCUUCAGUAAUACCUGCUCUUCAUUUAUUGUUUCAGAUACUUCUUAAAUAACAUUUCCAUUUCAUCAUAUUUGCUUCAAUUUGGUCUCGCUUGAUAUCCAGUGUGUGCUUCUAUCUUGGUGCAAACAGCAUAACCAAACCAGGUUGCAUGUGUACAGAUGAAGCCUUUAUCAAUAAAGAUGUUUGCUCACCAUCUA